AUGGAUACCAGUAAACCCGAACCCACAUUCAGCGAGCGACUCGCUUCACUCGGGCCCACACUUCAGUCGCAGAUAAUUGUCGACCUCAGCUCCUGGGAGGACCGGCAGCGCAACGAGCCCGCGCGCAACGAACCCAUUCGCAAUGACUCUAGCCGCAGCAAAAGGUCCUCCAACAAACGCACCCGUCUCGCACCCUUACCCGAAAUAGCACACACCACUUUGGUAGAACUUCGCAAAGUACGCCAUGAAAUUUACGCAGCAGUUGAUGGCAAAGGCGAUAUCGCGCGCGAAGUGACCAGCUGGGCUAUCGGUGUCCUGUCUGUGUUUGUCUCGGUCGCUGAUUUGAAGGAGAACAGCAACUUGAAUGAUUUGCCCUUGUUGCCCGGCGCUAGAGCCGUUUUCCAGCUGCUUGUUUUGGCCGUGGAGAGUGAGUUUUCACGCGUUGGGAUUGAGGCCGCUGAGAUGGCAUUUGUGGAGACGGUGGUUGUGGAGACUAGGGACCAGCGGGCCAUAGGAUGGCUGCUUACCCAGUAUGGCUCGUGCCACAAGGCUACUUUCCCCAGGUGCUUGCACCUGUACUACAUAGCACAGCUUCCAAAGCUUAUAGGCAAUAGCAGCAGCCCGGCUACGGCGGCUGCAGAUACUACUGGAUUGGCCCAGGCGAUAAAUGAUCUGGCAGCGAUGUAUCCGGAAGAGAACUCAAAGGCGUUAAACCUGAUUCUUGGAAUGUACCGCGACUUGGUAGCCAACCAGACAACCAGCGGUGCCACCACACUGGGGAUUGCGGAAGGUGACCUGCGCCGGUUUGUUCUGUUUUACUCGCUGCAAUCGCACUUGGGAAAGAAACCGAUGCUUUUGAAUAGCAGCGACGCAGGGUCAGCUGGCAGUAUGACCGACGACAGACAGUGGCUGGCAGAUGCAGUUCGGUUCGAGAUGCGUGCGGAGUUUUCAAAGUUCAUUGUAUACAGCGACGACUCGCUGACCCUGCAACCUCUGGCUAGCGCUAUCGAGGUGCUGUUUGGCGAAUCGACUCGCGUCAAAAAGUUAUCCGACCAGCCGCUGGACCUCAGCCGGGUCAUUGGCGUGUUCUCACUGAUUAGCACUAUUGUGCACGGAUCACAGGCACACGCAAGCGACCGUGCUGGCACCGAGGAUGACAACUGCGAUAAUAAUUCCGAAGAUGUAGAGAUGAAGAGCGUGAGCGCUGCAGACUCCUGGGAAUGGUGCACCACGUUCAUCGACGCCUGCCGCACCACGCUGCUGCGGCUGAUUUCACGCGAACAGGAGCUGGCAAUACUGCACCAGCUGCCAAAGACAGUUAAAAACAUGCCGCAGCCCAUCCCCAAUGGCCUCCAUGAAGCUGUUCAGCGCGGAGGGCGGACGUACAAUAACGGACCGAUUUCCAUUCCAGCCGUCACACAGGACGAGGGAGACUCCAUAUGCAAGAGCAUUGUUGGCAUCAUUUCGACCACCGCAUUGGCAGCCGCCUCAGUGCACGGCGAUGCAGCAGCGACACUGAUGCCCGCGCAGCAGCUCUUUCAGACUGUGUGCGAGACAGUACCGGCGCUGUUCGAAAUACUCGCUGUGCGCAUGGAGUCGCUUGCGAUGGCCAAAUCGCUCAUCCGCUUUAUGAUCGAGGAGUGGCCUGUGCGCAUUUUGGGCUUUGAGUGCGAGGGAGUCAACGCGAGCAACGUUCUCGCCCUGUACCGCUCGCUGCUGGCUGUCGGCGAGGGCCACCGCGGCGUGCUCCCGCAGCAUCUGCUCAAUGUGUUUGGGUCAGCGCUGGGUACCAACCGGCGGCCCAAAGCGGCGCGACUUCAGCACGCGGUUGAUAUAUUGUCUGCAGCCGUCAGCCACCGAUCCGCAAUGGAUGAUAGCCCGGAGCUGGCGCAGAGCUUGGAUUGCGUGAAGGAGGUUAUUGAUAGUCUGCGCGAUGUCCUGGUGGCUAGCUGGAGGCACCUAUGGAACCACUGCUUUGCUGUCAAAUUACCGGCCGCUGAUAGACUAAUUAUGCAAAUCGAGCUUGUGAGUGCGCUGACGAAGAACCUGCAUUUGACUGCUGGUGCACCGCUGAUUGACCGGGAGACAAUGGCCGAGUGCGCAUUGAAGGAGCUGGUUGUUGUACAACUUGCUUUGAAUGGACAGGAUGAGGACGCAUUGGAUAAUGCGGAUUGCCUAAUGGGUCUUGCCAAGGCGCUUCUGGGCCUGGUGAUAGUCCUGACCAAUACUGCGAGUGUCGAACGGGUUGCCAUCGAGCGCCUUGUGCGCAUCCUUCUGUUGCCGCGGUCGCAAGACGACUCGGAGCAAAAUAUGCUUUCGGUAUUUUCGGUCGGAAAUGGCGAGCAAUCCGCGCCCACAGAUGCUGCCCAAUCAAAACAGCGACCGGACUCUGCACUUAUCAACAACCAGCUUAAUCUCAGGACACUGCUCAAGGGCGAACUGAUAUCUGCUGCUGCAGGCAUCCAGAAGAAAAAACCCACAUCCCGAGACAAUGAGGCCCAGACAUUGGCCAUGGCCGAGCAAAUGCUUUGGCAAAACGCCGUGCGUCCGAUGCCUAAAUACCCGCGCAGUGGCAUGCACCGGCACAGCCACAUUGACGAUUCUUGGGCGCUUGUGCGGCCCAAGCCCAAGUAUUCCGCGGAUACUGACAGAUCACCCCGUUAUCCACUUCUGGUGUACUCGCUUCUAUGUGCUGGGAACUUUGUUGAUGGAGUAUUAUGCGACUCGUUACCCGCCAUACCACCUGUAAUGCUCGACCAGAGGCUCGGUUGCGGACGCCUGCACUUGCGUGCGAUCGAGAUGGAGCUGCUGCAGAUAUUCGGCAGAACGCUGAUUUCGAACAUCCCGGCUGUCAAGCAGUUAGUCAGCGCACUGCUGGUCGCCCUCAUUGUUCUGUGGAACGGCGCCCUGGCUGAGCCCGCGAAGAAGCGACUGAGCGACUUAGAUUUCACAGUUAGGCUGGUUUCGCAGGUCGUUGAUGCGGGGGAUGCGAGUGACUUGCAGUCGGCCCAUCAUUUGUACAAGCUGUUGCCGCUGAUCAGUGGCAGUGAUGUUUCAAGGAUCCUGCAUGUGUGUGUGUGGCGGUGGGUUGUGCAUCGGAUGCCCGGUGCCGAGGAUGAGUCGCAGCGCUUGUUGGGCCAUAUUUUGCGCAAGAACAUUGUUGAAACAGCGCCUUUAUUUGGCCUGUUUUGUAUUUAG